GUAAACGUAAAAAUAAAUCAGUAAAGCAGAGUUUGGGUCAGUGUACAGCCAUAGCUCACAUGCUGUCAAUCAAGUGUAAAGACGCAGCUGUUCUCAAUCAGGCUGUGAUCCAGACUGUAGCAGCAGGCGGAGGGCUCUUACACGGAGCAGACCCUCACUCUUUUCUUUUCUUUCUUUUUAAAUUACUAUUAAUGUUUUAAUAUCGUUCGUUGUCCUGCUAACAUGCCUUUCGUGGAGGACCCUGCUCACCUCUCCAAAGCUCGCCUCAAGUCAGAUUUAGUUGCCCACAAUGUGGCGCUGCCACCUGCAGCGAGCAAGAAGGAGGUUUAUGUGGAGCUGCACCUGAGGAACAUCGAACAGAAAAACGCUGCGGAAUUCUCCAGCGAUGACGAGGAGCAGACACAGGAGGAAGCAGUGAGUCCCUCUGAGAAUCCGUGUUUUGAAAAUGGCAGGAAUGAGGACCCAGAAGUUACACAAGUGCCAGAUCCAAGUAAAUUAACAGAUGAGUGUCUGAAGGCAGCACUGCUCAAACAUGGGGUUAAAGCCGGCCCCAUAGUAGCCUCCACCAGGGCUCUGUAUGAGAAGAAGCUCAGGAAGCUGCUGCUUCAUUCCAAUGGGGACGGUGAAUUAAACGGAGCAGAAAAAGCGGAACUGUACUCGGAUAGUGAGGAAGAGCAAGAGGAGGAGGAGGAACCAGAUGAAGAAUCAGAUUGCUCAGUUUCAGAAGAAGAACAACAAAAACCCAAAGAAACAAAGAAGAUUCAGAGUGAAAACAACAAGCUUUUUUACUUUUUACAGGCAGAGUUGAAAUUUCACAGAGGUGAUUUUUCUUACCAGCAGUGCUUUUUGCUAUCAUCAAGGCUGCGAGCUGUUCCUUCUAGAAAUGGGAAACCUUGUUCCAAGAGGCAUUCAAAGAAUGUGUUAAAGUCAUCAGAGCGCUCUCAGUCCAGCUGCUCACAGAUUCUUGCAGGAAUUAGCAAACCAUCUGCUACAGGUCAACACUCUGGAUUAAGAUCAGCGGUCCCGCCUGCUUCCAAAACAAUGGUCUCUAAUGACUGCUCUUCAGUUUCCUCUAAGACCUUCAGUAUCACCCAAAUGGUUCAAGAGAUGGAGAGUCGGAGCGCGGUCUCUGAUUGCACAGUCGAGGAGCUGAACAGCAGCAGUGUGGGGGGACAUUGUUCAAGGUCUUAUAGGUUCGACAUGAAUGAUUUAGACAAGAGCAGGAGCACAGAUCAGUCCCUGUACUACACUCCCAAAGAUGUUCAUCCCUCAUGUGGAAUGAAGUUACCUCAAGAAAAAGUGAAAAAUAUUUUGAAAGAAGCCUUGCCAGAAACUAAGACCACAACCACAAGGAUUUAUGCCACUCCUAGAAGACCCAUCAAAGGUGCAGCGCAGAGACCCAUCCAGUACUCGUUGCCGCACACUCUCGUCAGUCCUGUGACUCUGGAAAGAAGAGAGGUGGAGCGUCGCCUAGUGUCCAUCCACAUACAGAUCUUGUUUUUUGUCUUUGUGGCAUGCAUUAUUUUCUUCAUUUAUGUGAACGUUCAGGACAGCACCGUUUUGGCCUUACUUGACAGUUUGAGCCAUUGCUUUGACAAGGAGGGUGGGACUUUAUUACUGCCUGAGACAGAAGACACACAAGCACUCUACGAACAGGAUUAACUUUAACCUUCAGUUGACUACAGCGUUUGAACAUUGAUUGGUGUGUUGAUUCAUAAAACGUCGUCCAAGGAACACAUUAACUUUGUUCUACUUUAUUGGCUGCAACCUUUCUUGUUGUACAGAUCUAUUUCAUAUGGGAUCUUUUUUUAUUAGUGAAUGUUAUUCCAGGGUGCUUCAUGUUUUCUGUCACUGCAUAAAUAUGCUAGAACUCAGGAUAAAUAUUUUUAAACUUCAACCCAGUCAUUUCAUGAUCUAAACUGUUACUUUGUACCAUCUGUGUGUUUGACCUUUUUAAAUUUCAACUGUUUCAAUAAAGGAUGUUUUGCUUAAUAA